AUGGAGUAUGAAAUAAUUCGAGAGCUAACUAGUGGUAAUGGUAGAAGAAGAGAUGAUGAUGAUAAUAUAGGUGGUGUUGAUCAAGAGUUAUAUUGGGUUAUACGAUCCGCAACAACCACCAAUAGAUAUAAAGAUCUUAUAGAUUAUGAUGAAGAAGAGAUCAAUAUUUUAUGUGAUUUUUAUGAAACUAAAAAAAUUGCUCCAAUUUCAAGUGCAAUUGUUGACGAGUCUUUCUCAACAAAAUCUUUGAAUAGUACUUCAAUUGAUUAUUUGAUUUUGAGUUAG